GUGGAAUUCUUUGGUGUAAACAAUAUGGUGGUGUAAUUGACCAACAAUGUAAAAACAUGUCACUGUAAUUUGAAAUAAAUCACAAUGGACACAGAUAUUUUACGUAUUAGUUGUGCAAGGAUAGGUAAAUGGAUGGUUCAAGGCCCUGGUUAGCUGUCAACCGCUAAGCGCUCGAUAUGACGACAGAGAAGCUUGUUUUUAAACUGGACCACCCGCAUGGAACUAGUGAAGUUUUCAUUAGCUGGCAACGAGGAAAUGGUGUUUACCUGGCCACUACUGGCGCUGAUCAGACAGUCGAAAUAUACAACAGACAUGGGAAGAGAAUAGAAAAAAUAAGAUUACAAGGCCAGACUCAAGAAUUCAGUGGGCUGAAUAACUCAGGAAAGGUUAGUGUGUCGCAGCACAGGCACAAGAUGGGGUCCGAUGCUGAAAUCCAAACGCUUGCCAACACCCGCAUUCAUGUGUGCACAGGAUUUGACUGGGAUGUUGAUGGUGACCAUCUUGCCAUUAUUACAUCGAACUCCUCACAUUUAACCUUGUGGGAUGCAAACACGACAAAGAAGUCACACAUUGAUAUUGGCCUGCGAGAUCCUAUGAGUUGCAUCAUUUGGGCCAAGAAGGGAUCACUGGUUGCUGUUGGUACCUCACGAGGAAAUCUUGCAAUAUAUAAUCACAGUACAGCAAAAAGGGUGCCAAUUUUAGGCAAGCACAAUAAACGCAUCAGCUGUGGAUCAUGGAGUGCAGAAGGACUUUUGGCUUUAGGAUCUGAAGAUCGUUCAUUAUCUAUCAGCAACAAUGAGGGAGAUACCCUGAAAAUGAUAUCUUUGCGUGCUGAGCCGAGUGAUAUCCAAUUUUCUGAAAUGAAAAUGGAUGAGAGGCUUGGAAGUGAAAAUACAGUCAGUCUUCUGGUGGGAAAGCGAACACUUUUCCUUUACAAUCUUCAUGACCCUGACAAUCCUGUGGAGUUAGCAUUCCAACAACGAUAUGGCCAUGUUGUCACAUACAAAUGGUUUGGUGAUGGAUAUAUUCUGCUCGGGUUUAGUGCUGGUUACUUUGUGGCCAUAUCGACACACAUAAAGGAAGUGGGCCAAGAGUUGUUCCAAGUAAAGAAUCACCGAGAUAAUCUGAAUGAUAUAGCUCUUUGUCGGUGCAUAGGGAAAGUUGCUUCCUGUGGAGAUAAUACAGUGAAAGUGCACGAUGUGAGCAACCUUCAGGAAACAAGUGCUGUACUCACACUAGAGGAUGAGGUCGGAGCACAACACCUUGCAUGGAGUGAGGAUGGGCAGCUACUCGCUGUUGCUGCAAAAGGUGGAAAUGUAUUUGUUUUCCUCAGCCGGCUACCGCAGCUGUCUGCGACCAACGCGUGCCGUGUUGCAGUUCUUACUUCCCUCACAGAACUUACUGUCUUUUCUUGUGAUGCAGAUGGCAAGAGUAAGGCAUCAGGAGUUGUUGAAUUGGCAGUGGAGCCAAAUUUCAUAGCCCUGGGUCCAUACCACUGUGCAGCAGGCAUGAACAAUCAUGCAUGGUUUUACGAGUUGGGACAGCAGCCAGUACAGAGUUUAUCAGAGCAUCAGUAUGUGGGAACUGUCAACAGUCUCCAGCUAGGACCUGAAUAUGCCUCAGCUCUUACCGAGGGUAAAGUGCAACUGCAUCUGAUUGAACCAGGCAAUGGUGAUGAAGAUCGUGAAAUGAAGAUGUUCCCAGAUGAAACCAAGCAGGAAAUGAACAUCACAUGCCAUUCUCUUACAACUGAUUUCCUGAUAUAUGCUACUGAUAUGGGCCAUAUCCAUUACUUCUUCAUUGAAGACUGGAAGAUAGUGGUAGAUUUUCAGCACACUAUUGGAAUACGCAGUAUCUACUCAAACCAAAGUGGAAGCCGUGUCAUUUUCAUUGAUGACAAGAGUGAAGGAUACAUUUAUAAUCCUGUGACCGAUCAGGCUCUGAAGAUCCCUGACUUGCCAGCAAAAUGUCGUGGAGUACUUUGGGACUCAGCUACUGAAGGACGAGACACGUUUGCUGCUUUUGAUGACUCUGAAAUUGUAAUAUAUGUGUACAUAAGAAAUUCUGUCAACGGAACGGCUGUGGAACAAGUGAGUACUACUCGACUGCCAGCCAACCAGGUGCCUGUAUUGAUGGUCGGUACACAAGUAGAGCUGGUUACACUUGCUGGACGGCUCAUGUCACUUCCUCUGGGACCACAACCCCCUGCUGGAGCCUCUACAUCCAUUGACUACCUGGAGGAACUGCUGCAGCACCAAAUCACACUGUGCAGAUUCUCAGAUGCAUGGAAAACAUGCAAACUGUUGAACACCAAGGAAUCGUGGACACGUUUAGGAGAAGCAGCUCUGAAAAAUCUUGAAGUAGAAUUUGCCAUUCAAGUGUAUCAAGAAAUUGAUGAUGCAGGAAUGGUUUGGGCCCUUGAGAAUAUCCAAGAUGAGGAAGACAGGCGACUAUUAACUGGUCAUAUGGCAGUAUUCUUAAAGAACUUCGAUAAGGCUCAGGAAUGGUAUUUGUCAUCAAGUGAACCUGUGACAGCUUUGCACAUGCACCGGGACCUUUUGCAGUGGGAUCGUGCCCUGCAGUUGGCCAGUAAGCUCGCGCCACACCAGACACCAUUCAUUGCGAAGGAAUAUGCCCAGCAGCUUGAAUUUACAGGAAAUUAUGCUGAAGCAUUAAUCCAUUAUGAACAAGGGCUGGCUGAGGCUACGGACAGUCUUAAGGAUGCCGAAAGCGGCAGUGAGCAGCAUGUUGCCGUGUGCAGAGCUGGUGUCGCUCGGACUUCGAUUCGCUGUGGUGAUGUACGCAGAGGUGUUGCUAUUGCAAUGGAUAUUGCUAGUAGCCCUCAGCUUAAGAAGGAAUGUGCAGACAUACUGGAAGGAAUGAAGCACCUGGCAGAUGCAGCUCUGCUCUAUGAGAAAGGGCAGUUUUUUGAGAAAGCAGCAUUAACAUACAUUCGACUGAAAAAUUGGUUUAAAGUUGGUGAGCUGCUCUCACACAUCUCAUCUCCAAAAAUACAUAUUCAGUAUGCUAAGGCGAAGGAAGCAGACGGCAGCUACCGUGAGGCUGUAGCUGCAUAUGAGGCAGCACGAGACUUUGACAAUGUCAUCCGUGUUAACCUCGAUUAUCUGAAUAAUCCUGAGGAUGCAGUUGACAUUGUAAGAAAAACAAAGAGCUUAGAGGGCGCAAAGAUGGUGGCCAAGUUUUUUCAAAGACUUAAUGACUAUCAGUCUGCAAUUCGCUUCCUGGUAAUGUCACAGUGCUACGAUGAAGCCUUUCAGCUUGCAAGGCAGCAUGGGCAGAUGGAAUUGUAUGGGGAAAUAUUGUCAAGCUCAGUAGAAAUUGAUCCAAGACCAGAUGAUUUUAGAAGCCUUGCUCUCCAUUUUGAAACAGAAAAAAAUAGCCUUUUGGCUGGAAAAUAUUAUUUUCAUGCUGGGGAUUAUAAUAAGGCCUUGAAACACUUAAUGAAAGUACUUAAAACCAAUUCUGAAGAUCCUCAAGCCAUAUCUUAUGCAAUUGACGUUGUGGGUGUCGCAAAUGAUGAACACAUUGCCAAUCAGCUCAUAGAAUUUCUUUUGGGGGAUACGGAUGGCGUUCCAAAGGAUCCAAAAUAUUUGUUUCGUCUUUAUAUGGCAAGGAAGCAGUACAGAGAAGCAGCCAAAACUGCACUAAUUAUAGCCAAUCAAGAACAAGUAAAUGGUAAUUACAGAAAUGCUCAUGACGUAUUGCUGGGUAUGUACCAGGAGCUUCGUAGAAAUGGUAUUCGUAUACCAUCUGAAAUGCAGAUCAAUCUAUCCCUACUGCACUCCUACAUCCUUGUACGCCUGCAUGUUCGUCAAGGACAACAUGCAAAAGGUGCACGGAUGCUGAUCCGAGUUGCCAAAAAUAUCUCAAAAUUUCCUUCUCAUAUUGUUCCUAUCUUGACAUCCACUGUGAUAGAAUGCUCACGAGCAGGUCUCAGGAAAUCAGCAUUCACUUAUGCUGCAAUGCUCAUGCGCCCUGAAUAUCGCUCUCAGGUGGAUCCAAAAUAUGCAAAGAAAAUUGAAGCAGUAGUAAGGAAACCAACAAGAGGAGCUCCUGAAGAAGAUGAAUCAGUUUCUCCUUGCCCAUAUUGUAAUUCUGAUCUUCCCGACACAGAAUUACAGUGUCCUCGCUGCAAGAACACUAUCCCCUUUUGCAUUGCUACGGGGCGUCAUAUUGUCAAGGAUGAUCUCACAGCCUGUCCACAUUGUGAUUUUCCAGCUAUAUAUACAGAACUCAUCACGAUUGUUCAGUCAGGCGAACCGUGUCCGAUGUGUUCAGAAAAUAUAGAUCCUAACGAUCUUACAAGGAUACAAAGUGCAGAACUAUAUCUCUUCCCACAAGGACAAGAAUGAAGAUAUAAUUCCAGUCCUCCUACAGUAAUAAUGAAAUUGCCAUAAAACAUUUAACACUGAGAAAACUCAGUAAAACAAGAAAUGGAAUCACUUUCAGCAGGAACACCACUACGUUUACUGAAACUGGAGGUUUCAUUACCAAAAAUGCCUUCUUUAGAUGAAAAUAGGAAAUAAAAGAAAAAAUUAUGUGAAGGGAGAUAUGUGAGAAAGCACCUGAUAAUUGGAGAGCAUCCAUCAGUCAUUGCAAAAAUGUUCUGGAUAUUAGGAAAUGUCUUUCUGUGGACUAUUUUCUCUUAUCUUCUGCAUACUUUAGUUUCUCGUGUUCCCAAAUGAAGAAUUUCUGCCACCACUGGGUAAAAUUUUAGUAAUGUGUUUUAUGUUUGUAACGAUUGGCACCAAAAUUGCUCCUGUGAAACAUGCAAUUUUUCUAUCUAUACUUUCUGAAAUUUGUAGCUUUUAUUCGUGAUUUUAUUGUGUACACACAGAUGUUACAUACACUUUGCUUUAAAAGUUUGAUUCCCUCCCUUAUUUUAUAAUAAAAAUAUAACUUAUUUAACUAGAUGUU